AAUGGUUUCAGGCCAGAGAUCAUAUAGAUGCUUUAAUUUGCGGACAGGACUGGUUGGAAAGCCCUGAAAACAAUAGCAAGGAAGGGAAGCCUGGUUCUUCUCUGGUCUCCUCAAAUGUGAGAUUUGACUCACCUGGGAAGCAAAUGUCCAAAUAUUUGGUUGGUCCGUUUACAGUGAGCAAACCUACCAGUCCUGAGGACUUAAAGUUAAUCCAAUAUGUCUUUGAUUCUUCACUGGGUGAGAGUGAGACUAUUGUCCAAUGCAAGAAUUAUCAUUUAUCUCGGAGGGAACUAUACUCUCUGAGACCAGAGACCUGGCUUGAUGAUAACGUCCUUUCUACGAUAUCUGAUGCCAUGACUUUAGUUAGGAGGAAGAUGGAAGAUUCUGUAAAUUGGUAUCUGCCAAUUGUUUUUGCGGCGACUGCAGAUGAUCCAUCUAAGUGUAUUUCUUUCGCGAAAAAGGACAGGAUCAAGGAAAUCUACAUGUCAGAUCUUUUGUGCUGUGAAAAGGCGUUUGUUCCUGUGUUUGACAACGAAAGAAGGCAUUUCUUUCUAUUCGUACUACAAUUGAAAAAGCAAGUUGUUGAGAUAUGGGAUUCAUUAGCUGCAUCAUGUCAGAGUGAUUGGGUUGACGGGCGACUGCAUAACUUGUUGGUUAGCCUGGACACCCUUUUCCAAGAUGAUAUAGAUCAGUACUACCAAAAGGUUUCGUCCUUCACAGAUUUCAGAGUGGAAAGACCAUCGAAUGUCCCACAGCAACAAAAUGGACAUGACUGUGGUGUAUGUUAUCAAGUUUAUGCUAGCACCAGAAGAAGUGACAAAUCCUGAUUUUGUGUUCGACAGUGAAAACGAGAGGUUGGAAGUGGUACUAAGAUUGCUAGCGAGUGAUGUCAACUCAUGCAGGAAUGAUUUGGCUUCUAAGGCGGAGGCAUAUUAUGAGCAGAGGUUUGGAAAUCAUUGAGAAUUUUUGGCAAGAAAUGAGAAUAUGAAAGACGUAAAUCAUCGAUAGGAAAGAAAGUAUUCAGACAACAUAUAGGAAUUCAACUUCAAGGAAGCUUACCAGAGAAUGUGGGCUGCAUGAGAAAGGAACUCAAUGCUCAUCAAAUCAGCUGUGAAUGGUCAUUAUUGUAAACAAUAUAGUAUAAUUGGUACAGACAUAAAAUGGCAAUAUGGGAAACAGUCAUCUGGUUGCCUUGCCCCCUCCUGCACAUUCCUGUGGAGAUUUCUGGCUGAAAUAAAAACUAUGAGUUGUUUCAUCAUUUCAUAAAUACCAUGUAAAUAUUAUAUAAA